UGGAGGGGAUGAACAGUCCAGCGAGCUGGCUGUCCCUGGCUGUCUGCGUGAGUGCGCUGAAAGCAGAAUUUAGCUCCCGUGUACCUAAUCCAGCUCUUCAAGGGUUUGUUAACGGAACCUGUGUCUUUCCAUUUGUGUAUGGUGACGUCACCUACUACACCUGCACCUCUGUCCACAGCAACUAUGACUGGUGCUCUCUUGACAAGAAGUUCCGAGGCAGGUGGAGGUACUGCACCGGGCAAGACCCCCCCCAGUGCACCUUCCCCUUCCUCUACAGGAGAAAACUCUUUCACAAAUGCACCAAGAAGGGCUAUGUUUUGAAUUGGAGUUGGUGCUCUCUGACAAAAAAUUAUGACAAAGACGGAAAAUGGAAGAAAUGCUCUCCUCACAAUCUUUAGCUAAGUCUUGGCCCCGGAAGGCACAGAUGUUAUAGGAUUCAUCCGCUGCCUCUCAAAAUAUACCCUGUUCCUGAUCCUUGCGACCAAUAAAGAUUUGAUGUCUCUUC